AAAGCACCAAAGAACAUCCUAUCCACUAAACUUCAAGGAACAGUGAUCCACUGCAAGCUUUGUUACUGUCACUGAGAGUCUCUUCAUUGGCUGUCUGGCACAUCACAUCGUAUCUUCUCUAUUACUUUGGGCAACUUUCAUCUUACCUUGGUCUCACCAUGAGAUCUCACCAUAGAGUUCUGGUUUUCCUAGUGUUGGCAAUGUGCACGGUAGGUGGAUGGUGCGUUCCCCUGGAGAAAACCGUGUCUGUCACCUUCCCUGGAGAUGUCCUCAAGAACAUGACGGAUAUGGAGCUGGCAGAAAGCUACUUGAAGAGGUUUGGCUACAUGAAUGUUCAGCACCGCAGUGGUUUCCAGUCUAUGGUGUCCACCUCCAAGGCUCUGAUGAGAAUGCAGAGGCAGAUGGGGUUGGAGGAGACAGGGACGCUGGACAAGUCUACGGUAGCAGCCAUGAAGGCACCUCGCUGUGGGGUCCCUGAUAUACGCUCCUACCAGACCUUUGACGGGGACCUGAAAUGGGAUCAUCAUGAUGUUACAUACAGGAUCCUGAACUACUCUCCAGACAUGGAAGCCUCUCUGAUAGACGACGCCUUCGCCAGAGCAUUCAAGGUGUGGAGUGAUGUCACCCCUCUCACCUUCACGCGACUCUUCGACGGCACCGCUGACAUCAUGGUGUCAUUUGGAAAAGCAGAUCAUGGAGACGGCUACCCCUUCGAUGGUAAGGACGGCCUUCUGGCCCACGCCUUCCCCCCUGGUGAGGGCAUACAGGGAGACGCCCACUUUGACGACGACGAAAACUGGACCCUCGGCAAAGGAGCAGCUGUGAAGACUAGCUUUGGCAACGCAGAGGGUGCUCUGUGCCACUUCCCUUUUUCCUUCGAGGGCAAAGAGUACUCCACCUGCACCACAGAGGGGCGCUCUGACAACCUGCCCUGGUGUGCCACCACAGCCGACUACGGCAGAGACAAGAAAUUCGGCUUCUGUCCAAGUGAACUUCUGUACACAUUUGACGGAAACAGCAACGGCAAAGAAUGUGUGUUCCCCUUCGUGUUCCUGGGGGAGACAUAUGAAGGUUGCACGACAGAGGGUCGCAGUGAUGGAUACCGCUGGUGUUCCACCACAGACAACUUUGACAAGGAUAAGAAGUAUGGCUUCUGUCCCAACAGAGAUACGGCUGUGAUUGGUGGAAACUCUGAAGGAGAGCCGUGCCAGUUCCCCUUUGUCUUCCUGGGGAAGAAGUAUGACUCAUGCACCAGCGAGGGACGGGGAGACGGCAGGCUGUGGUGCGCUACCACCAGCGACUUUGACGCAGACACGAAAUGGGGCUUCUGCCCAGAUAGGGGCUACAGUCUGUUCCUGGUUGCGGCCCACGAGUUUGGUCAUGCCCUGGGUCUGGACCACUCCAACAUCAGAGACGCCCUCAUGUAUCCCAUGUACAGCUACGUGGAAGACUUCUCCCUGCAUGAAGAUGAUGUUGAGGGCAUUCAGUAUCUCUAUGGAUCCAAGACAGGCCCUGACCCCACACCCCCUGGGCCCACCAUCCCUACACCUGGUCCCAGCGAUGAGCCUGAGCCCAACACCCCCACUACCACCACUACCAGCCCCACCACUACACACCCUGUGGACCCAUCCCAGGACGCCUGCCAGAUCAACAAGUUCGACGCCAUCACAGAGAUCGAUGGAGACCUGCACUUCUUCAAGGAUGGGCAAUAUUGGAGGUUGUCAAGCAAGACUGACGGUGGACUGAAGGGUCCGUUCUCCAUGUCUGAGAGGUGGCCAGCUCUGCCGGCCGUCAUUGACACGGCCUUUGAGGACCUUGUGACAAAGAAAAUCUACUUCUUCUCAGGCACCAGGUUCUGGGUGUAUACAGGACAGAGUCUCCUGGGACCCCGCAGCAUUGACAAACUGGGUCUGCCCUCUACUGUAGAGAAGGUGGAGGGAGCACUGCAGAGAGGGAAAGGCAAGGUGUUGCUCUUCAGUGGAGAGAACUACUGGAGGCUGGAUGUGAAGGGCCAGAAUAUCGACAAGGGAUAUCCCCGCUUCACAGACAUCGUCUUCGGGGGUGUUCCCAAUGAUGCUCAUGAUGUCUUCCACUUCAAGGGCCACAUCUACUUCUGUCGGGAUCGUUUCUACUGGCGAAUGAACUCUAGGAGACAGGUAGACCGUGUGGGAUACGUGAAGUAUGACAUCCUGAAGUGUACCGACUCCUCCAACUUCCGCUACUGAGCUACUUUACCCAUAGAAAUUGACGUACUAGAAUGAGUAUCCCCAUUCAAGUCAGUAUUUCGUGACGGGUCUAAGGGGCCAUCUUGGUUCUAGUAUAAAUAUUUCUAUGGCACUGUUUCUGGGCUGAAUAUUUUAAGAACCUUUCCAACAGGAUGUUCAUUCUUAGAGUCACAGAUUUGUUUGUGCUGUCUUGCCAACGUAUUGCUAUGCUCUCUGUCUCUCCUGAGGCUAUAAAAGGGGAUAUCUGACGCGAGAAUUAUGCAGAUGCGUGAUUGUGGUACUGUUGGUGUAUGGGGUGCCGUUUGUAAAGUUGAAACGAUGCCCCACUUUGUGUGCUUUUUAAGACGGUGAAAUUAUUGCCCCCCGUCCAGUUGAUUCAGGUCAAACCAAAUGAUACACAUGUACGGGCAAUUUCCUUCUAACUGUGUGAGUAAAUGGAUUUAUUGUCCUCUAGUGUAGGGUCUAGAGACACAUAACCACUGCCCUGAAAUAACGAUUUCAGCACCAGCAGAUCCGAUUCACAAUCUGUUGGUGCUUAAGCCUAUCUGCCUGGAGCAGAUAUUUUUUGAUGAGCCAUGAAUUUGUAUGUAUUAUUACCCUCUAGUCUUAUUAUUGUGUUCAACAAUGCAAUGUUGGUUUAUUUGGUGUUAUUUUAUAUUUCUGAACUGGCUCAAAAAGCCAUGUAUUUUUGCACUGGAUGUCACGCAAUGGUGUCUCCAUCACGUUUAAGUUAUUUCGUAAGUAAAUCAAUGUUUUGUAUUAGAACUGGAAAUUCAAUAAACAAAUCGCACUUCA